CGACGCUUUCCCCACGAUCAAGCACAGGCAAUCACUCACGUUGACAGUAUGAAUGCUGUUCGUUUGAUUUUGAUUUUGUGCAAGCUAUCUUUUUGCGAUCUGAUGGUCUGGAUUCCCAUGAAUUUCAGCUCAGAUCAACAAGAACACAGCGCCGAAUUGGCUUGUACAGCACCACAAAUCUUGCUACAUAAGUGCGAGUUAUUGGCACAAUUUUUCACACAAAACAUCAGCUUACUUGAAGCCCAUGUCUCAACUCUCCCAACUCGUCGCUCUCAUCAACAACGCUACCAAGGUCAUCGAGGCCCGUACUUCAGCUGAUGUCUCCCUCGACAGAACGAGCACUGAGGACGACGCGCUUUCAACACCCGAAGUACGCGAGGCCAUUCGCAUCGUAGAAGGUGCUUGUGCCCAGCUAGUCGCAAGUGUUGCUCGUCCAAGCCACACAAUACUCAAUAAAAUCUUCGCCUACUUUGAACCUGCUUGCAUCCGAGCUGUCGCCAUACUCAAGGUUCCUGAUCUUCUUCUUGACGAGCCUCAAGGCCUUCAUGUCUCCGAGAUAGCGCGGAAAGUCAACGUGGACCAAGGAAAGCUUGCACGAAUCAUGCGUCUCCUUGCCACGAAACACUGUUUUCGUGAAGUCAAACCUGACGUCUUCGUCAACAAUCGCCUAAGCAUUCAGUUAUUGAGCACCAAUGGGCUUUCGGAUUUAGCUAUGCAUAUUACCGACGAAGUCGCGAAAUCGGCUACAAUGCUCGCAGAAACCCUGACCGAUCCUGAUAUGGGACCUUCCUAUUCCCCGGACAAAACUCCUUUCAACAAGUCCGCCGGAUAUACCGGCACUCUGUUUGAUUAUUACGAGGGCGUCAAUACAGACGUCGGAGGUGCGCAAGGCGCUCGAUUUGGUCGCGCCAUGCAAGGCUGGGGUCAAGGAAUUGCAGCCUUAUCUGUCGUACACGAAUAUCCUUGGGCUGAGUUACCUCCAGGGAGCAUCGUCAAUGAUCUGGGCGGAGGAGUCGGUGCACUCACGAUGGAACUGUACAAAGCGCACCCACACCUCCAUUAUAUCCUCCAAGACCUCCCGCAGGUGAUUUCUCGAGCAGAGAUUGAGACUUGGCCGGCGCAGGCUCCUCAGGCACUCCAGGACCGUAAGAUUGAAUUCAAAGCAGUCGACUUUUUCAAAGAGACCCCUAUGCCGGCUUGCGAUAUUUACUACCUCAAGAAUGUAAUUCACGACUGGCCGGACAAAGAAAGCAUUCAAAUCCUCUCAAAGGUUCGUGCAGUAAUGAAGCCCGGGAGUCGCGUUCUCGUUCAGGAGUACGUUCUUCAACACACAACUUCAGAGGGUAUCGAUGCCGGAGUGAAGAUCGCUCCAGAACCCUUAUUGCCGAACUACGGGGAAGGCCGAAUCAACGCUUACAACCUUGACCUCGAUAUGAUGGUCAUGUUAAAUAGCCAAGAACGGUACCAGGAAGAUUUUGCGAGGCUUGGAAAACAAGCGGGUCUUAAGAUCGUGAAGGUCUGGGACUUUGGGGAUACUGGUCUUGUUGAGUUCGCGAUUCAGGAAGAUUGAAGCACACAGACAAUGAACCGUAGUUCCGAAGAUGUACAUCAAGUAGUUUUACUGGCUAUCUAUCUAGUUUCUUGACUGCUCGAACACAUCCGCGACUAGUUAACUGAUUCAUGAACUCGUCUACCAUUUAGACUCCUCACCAGUACUUCUCCAAUUCCUCCAACGCUUUGACUGUCGU